AUGGACAAAGUGCAUGAGACUUUGAUGCAUAUGGAAGAUGGCUUGGGCUCUGAUGGUUCUGUCUUUCUCUCUUCCUGGGACUGGAAGAACAAUUCAGGGACUUUUGAGCUGAACCAUGUUUCAUCCCCUCACAGCUUAUCUCCAUCUCCUUCGUUUGAAUCCUACUCUUCCUCCCCUUGCCCAGCUGUGAUUGAAACGUCUUAUAACAGCAGCGGCAGUGGCAGCCUGAUCGGAUACAGCCUGAUGGAUUUUCCUUCCACAUGCUUACAGAGCGCUGGGCCCGCGAAGGCUCAGAAGAGCACCAAGGCCAGAAUGUCAGCCCAACGCAGAAGGAAAGCCAGUGAGAGGGAGAAGCUCAGGAUGAGGACCCUGGCGGAUGCUUUACACACCCUACGCAAUUACCUGCCUCCUGUGUACAGCCAACGAGGCCAGCCUCUCACCAAAAUACAGACCCUUAAAUACACUAUCAAGUAUAUCAGCGAACUUACAGAUCUGCUGAACAGUGUCAAAGGGGCAUAA